GGCGGAGAUCGUGCCACCGUUGCGCGGUGAGCGCAGAAAAAUAAACUCAGUCAAUGUGCUUAGUUCUGCUUUGAAACAUCUUCUAGUACGACGCUCAGACCAAUACGCUUUGGAUUUCGUUGUUUACCCAGUGACCACCGAUCCGCACUUCCACUUCAUGAAGAGGAAGCGCCCCGCAUGGAGGAGCUGUUGAAGCUCUACUCUGCGCGACGGUCUGCUUCCUCAGAUAAGACACAUGUAUAAACCAUUAGCAUUAGACACGACCAGUUUCGUGUCACCAAAAAUGGGUUUCUCCAACACAGUCAGUGGCAGAGGAGCAGGGCUUCUCGCCCUUGUCUCCAUCCAGGUCUUCCUCGCUGUUCCGCUAACGGACGCUAGAUUUCUGCAGCCAGCCGCGGUUCCGACGGAUGAUGGAGGCCAGGAUUACUUGUCUGCAGCCAUGGAUGGGCUCUAUCGGUACUGAGACUUUUUGCCAUGAUAGAUACUUAAGAACAUCAACACUUUUUGCACGAAGUAAAGUUUGGAUCUAAAAAGCAGAUUGACACAGAUUCUUGUCGCUGUUGAAACCACACAGCAUCCACAUAACAACGAAACAGUUCCGCCACCGGCACGAAUUGGUGCUCCUGCGAGUGUUGCCAGAGUCGGGAAACGGAAACGUGCCAAAAACCGUCCGACUUCCCCAGCGGGUCUCUCGGGUACCAGUGCGGGUUCAGCCCCCCCUUGAACCUGAACUCCGAAACAAACGAAUCCGAGGUAUGCAUUGCAAAAGUAAGUAGUAGCGUACUAGUAUCUAUAAAUAGCAUCACAAAUUCCCUCAGCAUUAGAAAUGGGAUUUGUAAUGCUGUUUUACCUUAGGAAGAAGAUUUGUCAUGCAUGUUUGCAAUUAGUACGAGUGCUAUGCUUUUGCGAUUCAUAUGAGGAAGACACAACCAACACUUCGUGUCAGCCCCGGUGUCUCUCUAUCCCCUGAAAAUUGUUUUACCAUCCCCAUCCACUUUUUGCAUGACAAGCGCAGAAUUUUUUACUACAUGUUUUGCAUGACAAAUUGGAUGGCGGGGAUGCUUAAUUUAUUUCAGGGAAUACUCUCCCCAAACGCGGGAUCCAACACCAACACUCCGAACGAGGAGGCGACGUCGCGGUUUUGCGAACUCAUAUCCACAGUAACUUUCCUGUACACGUACAAACUAUCACUAUGCAGUCUCUGCAUGACAAAACUUGCCUUCAAUCCUAGUCUAGCAUGACAAGUCCUCGGACACUCCAAUUUAACGGGAUUUGUAAUGCAUUUUGUACAUGUACGGCUACGGAAAAUUUACAUUGCAUAACUCAACUGCAAAGUGACUAACGCGAAGAACGGGGCGAAUUGCGAGAUGCUGGCGCCGCAGGACUUGCAAAAAACCCUGCCGACGGAAGCGCGGGAGGGUGGAAACCCGUGUGAAGUAGUAGUGUGGUCGGACGCGGGGGUAUCGCAAGAAAAAAGUGUUACAGUUACACACUGCGUUGCAAGACCGGCAACACAGGCAACCUCUCUCAUGCAGGAAAUGCUGGGAAGCCUCGGCUCCUUACUGUUUUCCCUUAUCAUCUUCGCAUUGCAAGUUUUUCCUGCCACACAGCGAAAACUUGUGAUGCAGAAAUUCAAACAAAUGUGUAACUGUAACAUUUUUUUCUCUUGAUAGGGGGUUGGAAUGGAAGCCUUCAUGAAACAGGUGCCGCCGAAGAAGUUAGAGGCGGACGGGAGUGGAGAUGAUGAUGCGAACAAGGACGCGAAAGCAGAGCUAGCGGCGGAGGAGGAAGAAGAGAAGAAAGUGGAAGAGAAAAAGAAAUACGAAAUCGAUUUGAGAGGGGUAUAGACGACAUCGAAAUUGUUUCUGCUUUCGACACAAAAGUUUGUUUGUCCUCGCAAUGUAGCAUUAGCCUAGAUUCUUGUCGUGCAUUUCUGCAAAAGUUUCACCAUUUACUCCCCACCACAGCUCUUCGGCCGGACGAAGAUGGCCCAAGCCGCAUCUGACCUGACCGCCGCGAAGUCCGACGCUGCAAGGGCAUCCUACGCAAAGCAACGCGCGUUAAACGCCGCUGCCAAGGUUGCGCAGGUCCAGGAGUCUCUGCUCGCGUCCGAAAACGUCGGCUCAACGACCAUCGCCGAAGCGGAACUGAAUUUGAAAUCCGCGAAAGAGGAGUACCAGAAGGUCCGCCAGGACUACGACGCCAUGGUUGCACUGUCAAAACAGGUCGCCGGGAAAGCCGCAGCACUAGCGGUGGAGAAAAUCAAGAAAACGGUCGAACCACUCGCGGAGCAAAUCGGGAAAUCGGAAGCUGAGGCGUACGGAUGGAACAAUCCGGAUUUCUACCCGCGGGUAAUUGCCGCCCGAGCCGCGGAGCCGUACCAACAGCAAAUGUCCACAGCCGCGCAAAGAACGUCCGAAUACGACUCCCAGGCCAGGAAGUUGAUCGAGCUGGCGAUUGCGAAGCAGAAACAAGCUGCGGCACUGGCGGACCAGUUGAUUUUGGAGAAGAAAGAAGCCACGACCAAAUCCGCCGCCGCGCCGAUUUAUCUUGUGCAAAAGCAUCGUACUGGUAGUAAUGGCAGGUAUGCAUUACAAAUCUACCUUUCUACCUUGUCCAGCAUGACAAUUUACGUUUUUGCUCUUGGGAAAAUUUGUGAUGCUAUUUAUACUAGUACGAUACUUGUGCAAUGCAUACGAUUACGAUGGUAGAGAGGGCGGAGAAGGAACACGAGAUCCGGGCGUUGGUGAAACAGGCACAGGACUUCGAGGCGCAGGCAAAGUCGGCGUACGCCACGGCCGAAUCCGCGCGUGGCCAGAUCACGGCGUACCAGCAAGCCGCGUUUCAGGCCGCGGAGGUCGUGGCGCAUAACUACACGGCCACCUUUGCGGCACCGCCGACGUGAUAAAGGAGGUGGCAGUAAGAAUUGGAUUUGCGCAAGGAAAGGCAGGUGGGAGGUGAGGAAUGGGUCUUUCCGCAUAGUCACUUAUGGUCUUUUUUCCAAACAUGAAACCAAAGAAACCCAAACUUCUCAGAGUAAGUGUUCAAAUCGCAUGAUCAAAAAUGAACGUGUACACGAAAUAUAAU